CUCAGUACGUAGCUGUUUUCAAUAUGGAUUAACUAUAAUCCUAGAUUUUGCAGACACCAUAUCGUAGCACCAUAUGCAGGCCGGUCGAAAAAAUUUAUAUCUGCGAUCUCAUCUCAUCUCAAUUAAAUAAACCAUCAUCACCAACAUGCCUAAAAACCUCGACGGUGAAGACGUGACACUCGAUCCGCCAGACCAGGAAGAGCUUCUUCUUGAGAAAUUAAUCUUCGGAGACUCGGAAGGAUUCGAAAACAACCUUAAGAAGGUCGAUAAUCUCUACGACUACUCCUCAGAUGAAGCAGAUGGAAACAGCGGCAAAUUCUUCAAUUCUUCGUCGGAAGAAGAGUCCGAUGAAGAGUUGGGGGGUGUUCAAGACGAAGACUUGUUUUUCAUCGACGAUGGAGCAGACAACAUGGACAUAGAUAAAGAAGGGUCUGACGCAUCCGACCAGGAAGAAUCGGAAGCCUCUGACUCCGACGCAGACAAUGCAUGGAAUGACAGCGACGACGACAACUUCAGCAUCUCCUUGGUCAACUCCGACAGGCUCAAGAAGUUGAGGAGAUCCUACACCGACUCCAAGAUAUCAGGAAAAUCAUACAUAACAAGAUUGAGAUCCCAGUUCGAAAAGAUAUAUCCCCGUCCCGAGUGGGUGGACAAGUUGGAGGAAGACAUCGAGAAGGGUUCCGACGACGAGGAAGACCCCAGUGCAUUAGUCAAAGCCAAUGACGUCAACUCGAUCUUGAAGAUCCUCAACACCAGCCAACAGUUCAUAAUGCCCACCCAGAUGAGACUCCUCGCCCCCAACAAGAUAGCCAUCACCCGUUUGAAGGACGCCAACCACCAGAGGGUGUCCAAGUCCGCUAUCCAGUCCAUAUCGUUCCACCGCAGCCACCCGUUGUUGUUGACCGGAGGCUUCGACAAGACGCUCCGUAUCUACAACAUCGACGGUAAGAACAACACCUACGUGACCUCGCUCCACUUGAAGGACUCGCCCAUCAGUGCGUGCCAGUUCUCGCCCAUCAGCACCGACAGAAUCGGCAACGAGACCAACUUCAUCUUCGCUGCUGGUAGAAGAAGAUACAUGAACAAAUGGGACUUGAGUUCGGGAGACGUGGAGAAGAUCUCGAGAAUGUACGGCCACGAAGACACCCAGAGGUCGUUCGAGUACUUCAAGAUAUCGCCCCAGGGUAACUACAUCGGGAUGACUGGUUCUAGUGGCUGGUGCAACUUGUUGAACGGAAUAACAGGCCAGUGGAUCAGAGGGUUCAAGAUCGAAGGCACCAUCGUGGACUUCGAGUUUGCCCACGACGAAUCCUUCAUCAUCAUCAUCAACAGCGCUGGAGAGGUAUGGGAGUACGAGUUGGGCUCGCCUGCUGGUGCCAGAGGCUCCAAGACCCUCAACCAAAUAAUAACAAGAUGGCAAGACGACGGAGGCAUUGGCAUUACCAAGAUCGCCUUGGGAGGUGCCAACGACCGCUGGUUGGCCAUCGGAACCAACAACGGUUACGUCAAUAUUUACGAUAGAUCCUCACCUUCCAAGAAACCAUUCAAGACGGUGGAUAACUUGGUUACGUCCAUCUCGUCGCUCAAGUUUUGUCCCGACGGCCAGGUGUUGUGCAUUGCCUCCAGAGCCAAGAGAGAUGCCCUCAGAUUGGUGCACAUGCCUACGGGUACUGUGUUUUCCAACUGGCCCACCAGUGGCACUCCGUUGGGGAAGGUUACUGCGGUGGCAUUUUCUCCCAACAACGAGUUGUUGGCCAUUGGUAAUGAAGCCGGCAAGGUCACGUUGUGGAGAUUGGAUCAUUACUAGCCUGACGCUAGGCAAUAGCCAGAUAGGAAUAAAAGGCCUGAUAGAAUUAGCGAUAGUAGCCCGAGACUGUAGCGAGAAUGGUGCCAGGCUGUAGCGAGAACGGUGCGAGAACGGUGCGAGAACGGUGCGAGACUGUAGCGAGAAUUGUGGGAAAGCGUAGCACGACCGGGGCAAGAGAUGCCACGCAGACAAGUUCAUUUCCGGGCAACCACCUUCAAUACCUACCAAUACUCUUAGCUAACGAGAGAAUAACAUCUCUCUCGAUCUUACAACCGCAAAGUGCUCGGCUUGGUGCUCUUUCGGUUUGAUUCCUUGCAGCUCCUUCCUCGGUAGCUCCAGAACGAAGCCCGCGGUCCACCAGGACCCGGUCUCCACGUGAUCCCAACCCACCAAGUUUUUCAAAA